UGCGGCUGAGGUGUGGAGAUGAAGUAUGCUCAGCAGCAAGAGUUUUUAUGAAAGUAUAGUAAUUGGUUUAUUUAGGGCAUUUUUCGUGAUACAAACAGAGUUGUUAAGUUUUAUUGUGUGGGCUGAUAACUCACCAAGCUGACAUUCCUCAGUAUGCCGUUCACUGUGCAGUAUGCUGUGCCAAUGACCUGCGAGGACUGCACCAAGAGCAUCAAGAAGGCUCUGGAUAACGUCGAGGGUGUAGAGAAUGUCGAUUUCGACUUAGAAAAGAAGCUGGUGACCAUCAGGGGCGAGUCUGCUCCGUCACAGAUCGUUUCGGCGAUGCGGGGGAUCGGCCGCGAUGCCAUUGUGCGAGGCAGCGGCCGACCCAACUCCGCUGCUGUGUGUAUUCUUGAAAACGCCCAGGGCAAGACCCGUGGACUAGUGCGCUUCAUCGAGGACGAGGAGCACCAGAUUAUUAUUGACUGUACAGUCGCGCCCACUACCCCUCAGGCUCAGCAAGUAUCGAUCCAUGCUAGUGGCGAUAUGUCGCAAGGCGCCAUGUCAACGGGCGAGAAGCUGUAUACUUUGGGAAUGACCUCCAAAUUCGGUGACGUCUUCAGCCUCAUCACUCGUCAAUCGCUCCCGCUAAUGAAUACCAUCGGACGGUCAGUUGUUGUCGGCCCCCCCUCUGGCCCGACCACCGAGUCACUGGCCGGAGUGAUUGCUCGCUCUGCGGGUCUGUGGGAAAACGAUAAAGUCGUUUGCUCGUGCACAGGAAUGACUCUGUGGGAAGAGCGCAAGGUCGCUACGACCGUUUAG